AUGGUCUCCUCACAGUUCUCCCGGCUGCUUGCAGCAGAGAUCGACGGCCGUUCCCAGAACACCAGAUAUCGCCAGAAUGAAUUCCAUCGCCUCCAGUCGGCCGUCAGCCAGCACAUCGACGAGAUCCAAGACGCCAUCCAAAAAGAUACCGGGAAUGGACCUGAAGAAGUCCGCGCGGAGCUGUGUCUCGCGCUCAAGGAGAUCCGCACACACUACCUGACACUGAGUCUGGACAAGGACCUUGAAAAGGAGUAUCGCGUUGUAGCUGGCAAGGACAACGCGGACGCGCGGCGCGGCGCAGGCAUUGUCUACAUUGUCCCCAGCACACAUACCAUGUUUUACUCCAUUGUCUCAGCGCUCAGCGCGGCAUUGGCGGCUGGGAAUUGUAUUAUCCUCGAGUUGACGAAGAAUACCAUGGUGCUGCCAGCCGUGCUGCGCAGAAUUUUCUCCCAGGCCCUAGACGCGGAUACCUUCGCCAUCAGCGAAGAGAGACCCGAUGCUACUUUCCUCAGCAGGGUGCUCAUGGUCUGCCAGACCGGUUCUGCGCCGCUCGCCGACCGCAAUCUGCUCUCGCCUGCGAACGCGCGAACUGUGGCUGUCGUCGACAGAACGGCAGAUGUUCCACCCGCAGCUGAAGCGUUGGUCGCCGCCCGCUUCGCCUUUGGCGGCCGGUCGACGUAUUCCCCUGAUAUCGUUCUGGUUAAUGAGUUUGCGAUGAAGCGGUUUGUCGAGGCGGUUAUCCAGCAGGCAUCCAGAUAUCUGGCUGGCCCCAAUGGAGAGGCACGCCAGGGAGCGUCGGAUCCCCGUCGGUUUGGUCCAAGCGCCUCGCUUCUGGAUGCUGCGCAUAAGGAUACGGGUACUCGCGUGCUUGUCUCUGGGUCCGGAUGGGGGGUGGUAGAGGUCCACGAUCGGAGUGGCACACUGGCAGCGACAUAUGCCUUCGGCAGCCCCUCCGCAGCCAAAUAUAUCACUCAGUUCAUCGACGCCUCCGUCUCUGCGUCCUCCUCUCCGUUCCCUUCAAUCCAGCUAACAGGCUCAGUUGGCCCUGCAUACCCCAUCAACACGGCGCCCCCCAGCACCGAAACCCGCUACACACCCGCUCUCCUCCAGGUCCCCCGUCCUCAAUUCGUCUCCGAUACCAACAACUCCGCCUUGGUGAAAAGUAUUCUCGCCCCCUCAGACGCCACGAGAUCGGCAAACGCCUGGCGCGAGGCCCUUGCCUCCUUGCCGUCUACAGGCCAGCGCCACGGCUGGAAAAUUGGGUUCUUCGAGCAAGGGCUAAUUACUGGCGCGGUGAUUACGCUUGCGACGUUGGUAGCGACGGUGUCGACUGUGGGGUGGUACACCUUUACGUAUAUGAGGAGGUUGCGUGCUUAG